GCUCUGCGGCGUGGAGACAGUGAGGGGAGAGGAGAGGAAAAUGACUGGUUGGGGGGUCUGCUGAGGGACAAACGCAUCGCCAUCAUCUUUUUAAAAGGAAAGAGAAAUCCUGCAGCCACUUUUCAAUGAACUAACACUCAAAGGACAUAGGUGAGACUAGAAGAGAGAGGGAUAAGUGAAUCUGUCAGAGAGGAGUGGGCUUGUUUUUUCUGAUCUCAGCUUCUAGAAAUGACUCAAACAAAGGAUACCAGGGAAGGAGAGGAAAAGUGAUGCAGGAGGAUGAGUGACAUCUGGAUGAAUCGCGGAGCUUUCUUCUGAUUGUUUUCCUUUUAUUUUGGAGGGGUGGGGGGUAUAAAUCCCAUCUGAGCUUAUAAAAAAUACCACUUUUCAGAUCAUUUAAAUUUCACCCCAGAGGAAAAACUAGUCUGAUGAACUUCCAUGGUCCAAGAUUAUCGGAUAUGAAUAUCAGCUUUGAAUUUGUUUACUAAUUUAGAUUUUGCGGAAUUUAUUGGAAUCAUAAUUAAACAUGGCCAUAAACACGGACACCGACUUCCUGAAGUCCAACCUGAGCAGUGAGGGUGGAGGAGGCGCGCCGCCUGCGGACUUCCAGGAGACGGAGAAACUCCUGGCGGUGACCACCGAGCCCAGUGGCGUGAAAAUGUCCACUUCAUUCACCAGGAACAUGGAUGGAGACAAAACCCUGGAGGCUGACCAGAAUGGCCACAGCGUGGCGUUGAGGUCGGGCUCUGUGGGACAGCUGGCCGCCACAGCACCCCUGUCCCCGUCCAAGGCCAGCCUGAGCCGCUCCUCCACCGGGAAUGCUGGGGUCCAGGAGACCCCGAGGCCCCGGGAUUACCUCAUCCUGGUCAUCAUCUCCUGCUUCUUCCCAGUUUGGCCCGUUAGCAUCGUUGCACUGGUGUACUCUGUCAUGUCCAGGAACAGUCUCCAGAAUGGGGAUGUAGAUGGGGCCAGGAGGCUGGGUCGUCUGGCUCGUCUGUUAAGUAUCGUCUCUAUUAUCCUGGGACUGCUCAUCAUCAUAGUCUACGUCUCCGUUCAUUUCACUGGAAAUCACUAACCUGGAGAAGAUGAAAAAACAACAUCAAAGCCAAAAAAACAGAUGCACUGAAGAAAGACUUAAACAUUUACUCCAUUUUGCAUCCCCACCAUGGCCAACUUCAGAUAGCAUUUAAAAGAAACAACCACGUCGUGAGAGAUUCAACAAGUAAACAAAUUAGAAAUUAUAUCACUGAAAGAUGCAUGCAUUAGACUUCAGUAACGUUUGCCUGAUGAAAAUAUCCUGCAGUAAACUUCUGAGGAGAGAAGUUCACCAGGGGAGGAGCUGAAGUGUCUGUGUUUUCCUGCAGAACGAGGACUUUUCAGAAAUGAAGACUUGUAUAAGUGGCGAGAAUGAAUGAUGGACUUUUUUACGUCUGCCACGAGGCUUCUUGGGGGGGAAAAAAAUCAGAAUUGGUCUUUAAACAUGAGAGAGCUUGUAUAACCCUCGUAUAUUAUUGAACAUCUUGCAUUCAAAGCAUUUACAAUUUAAAAUGUAUAUUUAAAUGCUGAUAAAAUAUAUAAAGUAGACGUACCUUUUUUAAAGAUGUUUGUAAGCAAUGCUGGGUUUGUUGAGACCGUCCCGCCGGCUGAACGUCAGCACCUGGAGUAUCAGUGGACGUUAGUGAAACGGUGCCGGGACACGGUUCUUACGUUUCCUCAUGAUUAAUGAGACCAACUGCAUGCCUGAAUGUUAAUAACAAAUAUCCUGCCUUCUUUUGAACUGUUGUUUCAUAUCUUAAGGGAGUAACAUUUGCACAUAGACAUUUUUUGUGUACAUUUAGCAGAAUCACUCCCAUUUCUCAUCAAGAUUUGAUUUAAUUGAGCAAAAACAGAAAAAGAAAGCCAAUAUUUGCAUCUUUUUUAAACGUUACCUUCAUCUUUACAUCCUUUUUAAAAUAUUUUUCCUGUGAGACCUACGGGCAUUGUUUCUUCACUACCAUUCCUACAUCGCACUGACUGUUAAAAGCCAUUGUUUCACUGAAUGUCUUUCCUCCUUGUAUUCUAAUGUAAUGUAUUUAUACAGGAACAUCUACCCACUAUGUCUGCAUGCGAUGAGCCAAACAGGCCGAUGUGCACUUAUUUUUGUAAAUGAACAAGUAUGUCAGUUUGAGUGAGAUAAAAAGGUCUUUAAAGGAGAUUAUUUAAAAUCCAAGCACGAAUCAAUAAGGUUGGGAGUAAACUCUGUGUUGAGUUCUCUGAUAGACCACAGUGAGGCAGUAGCAUUACUUCAAGAUUUUUGUUGUUGUUUUGUUGAUUUUUAAGGGCCCAUUUAGACAAAAUGCAUUCAGCUGGUUGCCAUUUGUUGAGUUCUAAUGGUUUCGGUCACUACUGCAGCUCCGCCCUCUCGGUCUGCCAGGCAACGCCUACUAAUGUUGCAUUUUUCAAAAUUGAUAUUUGGGUGGAGGACUCUGAGGCAGGGUUGACAACCCCUUUAAGGGCUUUUACAAAUAAAAACAUCAGCUACACACGGUAGCUAAUGUGAUCCUAGUCCAAAACUGAACCGUGUCAAAGAUUAGCACUUUAAUCACCGUGAUUUCUGAAACCGUUCCAGUCUGCAGCUGUAUAGAAAGAUUAGUGCAUCCACACAUCAGAAGACCCCCACGUUUACUGACCUGCAGCUCUUCUUCUGUGGUCCUGGUGUCCAACCCACGCUCUGCUGUCAGUGAAACGCUUACUUUGACCUUUAUAUUUGGUUGGUUCAUUUCCACUCUGCUGUAUGUGACUGUUCUCAUCAGCUCUGUGCUGUACUUUCUGCAUGUCAGGAAUAAAUGUUACCAUGCAUGGCCCAA